UUGCCAUGCAAGUAUUAUGGCGUGAGGCAUUGGAAGGGAACCGUCCAAUUACAGUGGACGAGUUCCUUUACUGCUAUAAGCCCUCAGAGAUCAAAAAAUCUGCUGGGUUCUACCAGUUUUCGUCCAGAGGUACAUAUUACAGUUUAAUAACGGGCCGUAGUUCGUCUGACCGGCUUUGGAAAAAGAAUUUUUUAUUAUUUCUGGAAAUUGGGCUGGGGACCCAGCUGAUGUGGGUAUUCCCCUCUUCCCACCUUUUACCAGCCCUCUAGGUCGUCUUCGUCCUGAGGGUAUGUCUUUCUUUCCAUUUUACCCUGUUUGUCCCUUAAAAUUUCUUAUCUGUUACUCGUCUAACCAUUUAUCUUGGUGAUGCAGCUGUUGUUCGUCCACGCUUGGACAAGUUUUCCUUGGACCGGAUAGACGUGGUUCGCACCUUUCCAGGAAGGACUUUCCACGACUUAGUUACUCUUAGUCGUCUAGCAACUUGGGGACUUGGUCCACUUCCUACGGCUGAGAACCUAAGUCACGAGGAGGUCACUCGUCGAAGGAUAAGCACAAUGAGGGAAAACAAGGAAAAAACAGUGGCUAGCGGGGACGAGGAUGUUGCUGCUCCAACUCCCAAAGUGGCUUCCGUCCAGGCUGGGAAGAGGAAGUCCAAGGGUAUUUCAAGCAAUGUGGACCUGGACGACCUUCCCAGUCGUCGUGGCCACAAGAAGCAAAAACCAAGUAAGACUUCCCUUCCCAAGGUUCCAAAGUUCGUACCACCAACAGUGAACUUGGACGAGCCUGUGGACGUGGAGCCCGUCCAAAUAGUUCAUCCUGUCCAGUCUGAUCCUCCCCCUGCUCCCAAAACUUCUUACAAGCCUAGCCCGUAUGAGCCCUCUGAUCGUCCCUCUAAUUUGGUUCUGGACGAGGGUUAUGCAUGGAGGACGUUCAAAGGGAUCGUCACUGAUCAUGAAGUUAACGAAUGUUACAACAUGUCAGUGAAGGAGUUUGAGCGUUCUGGCAUCCAUGACCUUUUCAAGGCUAUGUCAAAGUUUUAUACAGCGACUUGCCAGGCCAAGGAGCUUGCUACAGAGGCCAAGACUGCCAAGGAUAAGGCUAAGGAGCUAAGCCAUGAGGUCUUAUCCAAGAAGGGGGAGGUCAUUAGGUUGACCGAGGACUUUAAUCGUCUGCUGGGAAGCGAGACGAAGCUGAAGAACGAUGUUGAGGAGCUCAAAGCUGACAACUUAGAGAAGGAUACCCGCAUCGUCCAUCUAGAAGGACAAGUUGCAGAGCUUACCUCGUCCUUGGAGAAGGCACGUGAAGAAGCAAUUGCUGCUUUUAAGAAGUCUGACGAGUAUAAGAAUCGUCUAGACAGUCAUUAUGCAGCUGGUUAUGAAGACUUCCGUGCUGAUGCCAAAGACGCGUAUCCUGAUUUGGACUUUAACUCGUUCAAGCUUCCUCUUGCUACAGAGAGUUCUGUGUUGUAGACGAGUUCCGAGGACGUCAACAUCAUGGACGAUGCUAACACUGAAGUUACUCAGGACGAACCCAAGUGAAGUCUAUUUCCUUAGAGAAUUUGUUUUUAUUUGCUUUUCAUGGAAGUGCCCGUUGUUUUGGGCUUUUUACUUCUUUUUUUUUUUUUUUUUUUUAAAGCUCA